AUGCCCCUCUCAAUCCCCCAAACACCACCCAUCGGCGCCUCCAUCUCCCACUCCCCCUCCUACACCUCCUUCUCCUUCGAACCCGCCUUCUGGGUCGAAUUCUUCGGCAACGCCACCACCCCCAACACCUUCACCUUCGCCGCGCUCAACACCCUUGUCCAACACGGCCUGCGCCCGCGGAUCCGUCCCGGUGGAAUUACAAUGGACAGCAUGAUUUUCUCUGCCGACGCUGGGAACCCCGUGCGGACGACGAACGCGAACGGAGGCGUGUAUCGUACGACCGUAGGACCGGCGUAUUAUGAGAGCUGGUCGAAUUUCCCCAAUGGAACGGAAUUUGUCUCGACGCUGAAUUUCGGGAACGAUAGUCUGGAUAUCGCGAGGGGGUUGACGGUGGCGUCCGUGGAGUAUCAGGGGGAGCAUAUUAAGUUCUUUGAGUUGGGGAAUGAGCCGACGAAUUAUGAUCCGGAGCGGUGGGGGAAUUCGACGCAGAACUACAUUUCCCAAUGGCAGAACUGGACGGCGGAAAUCGAUGCGGCGACGAAGAAUGCUAGUUAUGGGAACUGGUGGGCUUCGUCUGCGACGACGGAUGCGACGCCCCUGCAUGUCCGACCUGCAGACUUGAUUCCCCUUGGAAUCGACUCUGGCAACGAAGUAGCCCAAUAUAGCAUCCACUCCUACGCCUUCGCGACCUGCGAUCCUGCCCGCGCCGCCCUCGCCACGACGCAGAACAUCCUCAACCACACCGGCCUCGUCGAGUACGCCGACACGGAAAUCUACCCCUCCGCCAAAGCCGCCCUCGACGCCGGGAGCGAAUGGAUCAUCGGCGAGUUCAACUCGAUAGCCUGCAGCGGGAACCCCAACGUCAGCGACACCUUCGCGCAGGCGCUCUGGGAAAUCGACACGGAACUCAUCUACGCCGUGCGCAACGCCAGCGCGACGUACCUCCACCAAGGCGCCACGUUGGUCUUCCAGUCGAACCAGCAGACCAACUCGGCGGGUGAUGAUGGCAGUCCCGGGUUCUCGACGUACGAUAUGCUCUACCCCAUCACGACGUCCAAACGCGGCGCGCAGAGAACACUGCCAGGUUUCUCCGGCUUGCUCUUCCUCGCUGAAGCCUUCGCCGUCGAAGGGACACGCAUCGCCGCUUUGGAAACACCAGCGGGAUUGAGUUCAGACCACUUCUCCGCCUACGCAUUCUACCACAACGAUCGCCUGACGAAACUCGCUGUCCUGAACCUCACACCUUACUACGCCAACUCGACCUCAGACUUCACGGCAUCCUUCGACAUCGCCCAGCUCGGCGCCCAAACGUACCCUCGCCACUUCCCGGGCCAUCCACAAAACUCACAGGCGACUAUCAAACGCCUCACAGCCCUGCACGUCGAUGAGAAGGACUCGGCGAAAGUCACCUGGGCGGGACAAUCGUUCAACGGGGGAGUCGCGGCUGGGGAUGUGGCGACUGAGAGGGUCGGUGCGGAUGGGGUUGUUAGUGUGAGGGGGAGUGAGGCCGUGCUCGUCUUCUUUGAUGAUGAUGAGGGAGGGAAGCAAUGGGGUGGUCCUGGUGGCGUUCGUUCCCCUUCCCAUUUCUAUACGUACGUUUGA